CUGCCUCCUCCGGGCAGUCGCCAGUGAGCGAGCGUGAGUGACUGGGCUGCAGUAGUUUUUUUUGCUCCGGCUCCCCCUUUUACAUUCGCCGUGGAUUAGCUCUAUAUGCUAAUAUCGACAAGACCAGAGAGAGAGGAGCAGCCGCGCUGUGCUGCGAGCCGACAGUGGAGGCUUCCAGAGUCUCCAAAGAGGCUCUUCAUCAGCCAUGACUGAAGGCGGGGAAGGAGAGGAUGAGAUACAGUUCCUCAGGACCGAUGAUGAAGUGGUGCUCCAGUGUGUGGCCUGCAUCCAGAAGGAGAACCGCAAGUUCUGCCUGACCGCGGAGGGCCUGGGCAACCGGCUGUGCUACCUGGAGCCUACGUCAGAGGCUAAGUAUGUUCCUCCAGACCUGUGCAUCGCCAGCUUCGUGCUGGAGCAGUCCCUGUCGGUACGAGCACUGCAGGAGAUGCUGGCCAAGAGCGGACAGAACAGUGAAGCGGCAGCUCAGGGCGGUGGGCACAGGACCCUUCUGUAUGGACACGCCAUUCUGCUGAGGCACUCCUUUAGCGCUAUGUACCUGACCUGUCUGAAGACUUCAAGGUCGCAGACUGAUAAGCUGUCCUUUGAUGUGGGGCUGCAGGAGGAUUCAACAGGUGAGGCCUGCUGGUGGACCAUCCACCCGGCCUCCAAGCAGAGGUCAGAGGGGAGAAAGGUCAGGAUCGGGGACGACCUCAUCCUGGUCAGUGUGUCCUCGGAGCGUUACCUGCACCUGUCCAUCUCCAACGGCAGCAUCCAGGUGGACGCGUCCUUCAUGCAGACCCUGUGGAACGUCCACCCAACCUGCUCUGGCAGCAACAAAGUAGAAGGCUACCUCCUGGGCGGCCACGUGCUUCGCCUCUUCCACGGACACGACGAGGUGCUGACCAUCCCGGGGUCGGACCAGACUGAGGAGCAUCAGAGGAUAGUGAACUAUGAGACGGGCAAGGCCGGUGCCAAGGCGAGGUCCCUGUGGAGGUUGGAACCGCUCCGAAUCAGCUGGAGCGGGAGCCACAUCCGCUGGGGCCAGGCCUUCCGACUGCGUCACCUGACCAGGGGCCACUACCUGGCCCUCACGGAGGACCGGGGCCUGGUGCUGCAGGACCGCGAGAAGGCAGACACCACCUCCACGGCCUUCUGCUUCAGAUCAUCCAAGGAGAAGCUGGAGCACAGUCCUAAGCGGGACAUGGACGGCAUGGGGCUGGCAGAGAUCAAGUACGGGGACUCCCUGUGUUUCGUCAUGCACAUGGCCACGGGGCUCUGGCUGUCCUACCAGGCCGUGGACGUCAAGUCCGCCCGCCUGGGUCCCCUCAAGAGACGGGCGUGUCUCCACACAGAGGGCCACAUGGACGACGGGCUGACCCUGCAGCGGUGUCAGCACGAGGAGUCCCGCGCCGCCCGCAUCAUCCGCAACACCACCCGCCUCUUCAGCCGCUUCAUCAGGGACCUGGACUGUCUGGGCGCCAAGAACCGUGCGCUGGUGGCGCUGCCCAUCGAGGAGGUGCUGCAGACGCUCAACGACCUCAUCACCUACUUCCAGCUGCCCGACGCCGAGCUGGAGCAUGAGGAGAAGCAGAUCAAGCUGCGCUCGCUCAAGAACCGCCAGAACCUCUUCAAACAGGAAGGCAUGCUGACGCUGGUGUCCAACUGCAUCGACCGCCUCAACGUGUACAACAGCGCGGCCCACUUUGGGGAGUGCGCGGGGUCCGAGGCCGGCGCGGCCUGGAAGGACAUCCUGAACCUGCUGUACGAGCUGCUGGCGGCGUUGAUCAGGGGCAACAGGAACAACUGUACCCAGUUUUCCAACAACCUGGACUGGCUGGUCAGCAAGCUGGAGCGACUGGAGUCUUCUUCAGGCAUCCUUGAGGUCCUGCACUGCAUCUUGAUCGAGAGCCCCGAAGCACUGAACAUCAUCCAGAGAACACACAUCAAGUCCAUCAUCUCCCUGCUCUACAAGCAUGGCCGCAACCACAAGGUCAUGCUGUGCUCCCUGUGCGUGUGCAACGGGGUGGCGGUCCGCACCAACCAGAACCUCAUUGAUCACCUGCUGCCCAAGAGAGACCUGCUCCUCCAGACCAGACGUAACGAUGUCCAGAGCAUGCGACCGAACAUCUCUGGGGUGAGCGAGGGAUCGGCGCAGUACAAGAAGUGGUACUACGAGCUGAUGAUCGACCAGGUGGACCACUUCGUAACCAGCGAACCCUCCCACCUCAGGGUGGGCUGGGCCAACACCAAGGGCUACGCCCCCUACCCUGGAGGAGGGGAGGGCUGGGGGGGCAACGGGGUGGGGGACGACCUCUACUCCUACGGCUUCGAUGGCCUCCACCUCUGGUCAGGUCGCGUCCAGCGGGCCGUGGCGUCCCUGAACCAACACGUGCUGACCACGGAGGACGUGGUGAGCUGCUGCCUUGACCUGGCGGCGCCCAGCGUCUCCUACCGCAUCAACGGGCAGCCCGUCCAGGGCAUGUUCGAGAACUUCAACACCGACGGCCUCUUCUUCCCAGUGGUCAGCUUCUCGGCCGGCGUCAAGGUACGCUUCCUGUUGGGUGGUCGCCACGGUGAGUUCAAGUUCCUGCCGCCGUCCAGUUAUGCGGCCUGCUUCGAAGCCCUGCUGCCCAAGGAGAAGAUGAAGGUGGAGCCAGUGAAGGAGUACAAACGAGACGCAGAGGGCGUGCGAGACCUGCUGGGAACCGCCCAGUUCCUGUCCCAGGCCUCCUUCAUCCCCACGCCGGUGGAAACCAGCCAGAUUAUCAUGCCUCCCCAUCUCGAAAAGGUUCGAGAUAAGUUGGCGGAGAACAUUCACGAGCUCUGGGGAAUGAAUAAAAUAGAGUUAGGCUGGUCCUAUGGCAAGGUAAGAAGGAGGAUAAACAAGCGUCAGCACCCAUGCCUGGUGGAUUUCUCGAAGCUGCCUGACACCGAGAAGAACUACAACCUCCAGAUGUCGUCGGAAACACUCAAGACCCUGCUGGCUUUAGGGUGCCAUGUGCUCCUGGUCCGCCCCGGUGCUGAGGACAGCCUGAAGAAGAUCAAACUCCCCAAGAACUAUAUGAUGUCCAACGGCUACAAGCCCACCCCUCUGGACCUGUCUGACAUUAAGCUGACCCCGGGACAAGAGCUUCUGGUGGACAAGCUGGCCGGAAAACUGCCCACAACGUGUGGGCCAAGGGACCGCAUCAAGCAGGGAUGGACCUACGGUAUCCAGCAGGACGUGAAGAGUAAGCGCAACCCCCGCCUGGUGCCCACGCCCUGUUUGGACGAGCGCACCAAGAAGUCCAAUCGGGACAGCCUGCGAGAAGCUAUUCGCACCCUGAUUGGCUACGGCUACAACAUCGAGCCCUCCGACCAGGAAGGAGGGCACGUGGUGGAGCGGCUGACCAUCGACAAAAUCCGCUUCUUCCGGGUGGAGCGCACCUACGCCGUGCGCACCGGCAAGUGGUACUUUGAGUUCGAGGCGGUGACGGGCGGAGACAUGCGGGUGGGCUGGGCGCGGCCCGACUGCAAACCCGACCUGGAGCUCGGCACCGACGAGCUGGCCUUCGUGUUCGACGGAUACCGGGGCCACCGCUUGAACAUGGGGAGCCGCUUCUUCGGCCGCUCCUGGCGGGCUGGCGACGUGGUGGGCUGCAUGAUCAACAUGGAGGACAAGUCCAUGGUCUUCACCCUCAACGGCGAAUCCUCAUCACCAACAAGGGGCUCCGAGCUCUGCUUCGCCGACUUUGAGACCGAAGACGGAUUCAUCCCCGUGUGCAGCCUGGGUCUGGCCCAGGUGGGGCGCAUCAACCUGGGCAAGGAGGCCAGCUCCUUCAGGUACUACACCAUGUGUGGCCUCCAGGAGGGAUUUGAACCCUUCGCCGUCAACAUGAACAGGGAGGUGACCAUGUGGUUCAGCAAGCGCCUGCCCACCUUCGUCAACGUGCCCAAGGACCACAAUCACCUCAUGAUCACAAGGAUCGACGGCACGGUCGAGCCCCCGGUCUGAAGGGUGACCCACAAGACCUUUGACCAGAACAGCAACGCCGACAUGGUGUUCUGCCGGCUCAGCAUGCCCGUGGAGCUCUACUCCCUCUUCAAGACCAGCGCCGUGGCCGACAUGAACGGGGUCCACGAGGAGGAGACCCUCAAAGUCAAGCACAGAUACCCACUGAGGGCUGUGAAGCACGGGGACGAAGCCAGACGAGUGGACUACAGCAGCAUCACCACGUACUACCACUCGGUCCGUGUGUUCGCCGGUCAGGAGCCUGCGGGCGUGUGGGUGGGCUGGGUGACCCCAGACUACCAUUACUUCAGCAACAACUACAACCUCAGCAAGAACCGCACGGUGACGGUAACCCUGGGCGACGAGCGUGGGCGGGUCCACGAGACGGUGAGGCGUAGUAACUGCUACAUGGUGUGGGCCGGGGAGGUGAAUAGUGGCUCCCACUCCUCCAGCAGCAGCAACGUGGACCUGGAGGUGGGCUGCCUGAUCGACCUGGCCACCGGCCUGCUGUCCUUCACCGUCAACGGCAAGGAGAUCGCCACCUCCUACCAGGUGGAACCCAACACCAAGCUCUUCCCUGCUGUGUUUGUGCGACCCACCAGCGCCAACCUCUUCCAGUUUGAGCUGACUAAAAUCAAGAACACCAUGCCCCUGUCGUCGGCCAUCUUUAAGAGCGAGCACAAGAACCCGGUGUCGCAGUGCCCUCCGCGGCUGGACGUGCAGUCCAUCAGCGCCGUGCUGUGGAGCCGCAUGCCCAACAGCUUCCUGAAGGUGGAGACGGGCCGGGUGAGCGAGAGGCACGGCUGGAUGGUCCAGUGUGUGGAGCCCCUGCAGAUGCUGGCCGUGCACAUACCCGAGGAGAACAGGUGUGUGGAUAUCAUGGAGCUGUCUGAGCAGCAGGACAUGCAGCAGUUCCACUACCACACGCUGAAGCUCUACUGCGCCCUGUGCGCGCUGGGCAACACGCGCGUGGCCCACGCCCUCUGCGGCCACCUGGACCAGUCGCAGCUGCUCUACAUCAUCGACAACAAGUACCUGUCGGGCAUGCUGCGCGAGGGCUUCUACAGCGUGCUCAUCAGCAUCCACCUGGAGACGGCGCGCGAGGCCCGCCUCAUGAUGAACAACGAGUUCAUCAUCCCCGUCACCCCCGAGACGCGCUCCAUCCGCCUCUUCUCGGACGCCUCCAAGCGCCACCUGCCGCCCGGCGUGGGCCUCAGCACCUCGCUCAAGCCCCGCCUCAACUUUGCGCCGCCGUGCUUCGUGGGCAGCAAGCGGGAGCAGCACCUGUACAGCCCCCAGAUCCCGCUGGACGCGCUGAAGGAGAAGGCCAUCAGCAUGCUGACGGAGGCCGUGCAGGGCGGGGGCCACCACAUCCGGGACCCCGUGGGGGGCAGCGUGCAGUACCAGUUUGUGCCCAUCCUGAGGCUGAUCAGCACCCUGCUGACCAUGGGGGUGCUGGCCAGCGGCGACGUGCACAAGAUCCUUCUGCUCAUCGACCCCGCCGUGUUCGGGGAGCCGGGGGCGGAGCGGGAAGCCGCCGCCGCCGCUGCCGCUGCCGCCGCGGAGGCCGCCGCCGCCGACACCGCUGCCGUCCUGCCUGCGGAGAAGGAGGGGCUGAAAGGGGAGGAGGGGAAGGCUGUGGAGGCCGGAGAGGAGGAGGCGGGGAAGGACGGGAGGCAGCCGAUGAAAGGGCUGCUGGAGAAGAGGUUGCCGGAGCCGGUGAAGCGGCAGAUCUGCGAGCUGCUCCACUACUUCUGCGACUGCGAGCUGAAGCACCGCAUUGAGGCCAUCGCCUCCUUCUCCGACCACUUUGUCUCCAAGCUGCAGCACAACCAGAAGUUCCGCUACAACGAGCUGAUGCUGGCGCUCAACAUGUCCGCCGCCGUCACCGCCAGGAAGACCAAAGAGUUCCGCUCGCCCCCGCAGGAGCAGAUCAACAUGCUGCUGAACUUCAGCACGGGGGAUGACUGCCCAUGUCCGGAGGAGAUCCAGGAGGAGCUGUAUGACUUCCACAAUGAGCUCCGCCUCCACUGCGGAAUCCCGAUGGAGGAAGAGGAAGAGGCGCUGGAUACGUCCAUUAAAGGUCGCCUUCUGGCCCUCGUUCAGAAAAUCAAAGGGCAGCAGCAGAAGGCAGAGAAGGAGCCGGCGGAGAUGCAGGAAACGGCACCAUCCAACCUGAAGGAGCUCAUCUCCCAGACCAUGGUGUGCUGGGCCCAGGAGUGUCAGAUCCAGGACCCGGAGCUGGUACGUAAGAUGUUCAGCCUGCUGCGGCGGCAGUACGACAGCAUCGGCGAGCUGCUGGGCGCCAUGCGCAAGAGCUACACCAUCAGCGGCGUGUCGGUGCAGGACACCAUCAACCUGCUGGCGUCGCUGGGCCAGAUCCGCUCGCUGCUGUCCGUGCGCAUGGGCAAGGAGGAGGAGAAGCUCAUGAUCGACGGACUCGGUGACAUCAUGAACAACAAGGUGUUCUACCAACACCCCAACCUGAUGAGGGUGCUGGGCAUGCACGAGACCGUCAUGGAGGUCAUGGUCAACGUGCUAGGAGGAGACAAGUCACAGGAGAUCGCCUUCCCCAAGAUGGUGGCCAGCUGCUGCCGCUUCCUCUGCUACUUCUGUCGGAUCAGCCGGCAGAACCAGAAGGCCAUGUUUGACCACCUAAGCUACCUGCUGGAGAACAGCAGCGUUGGCCUGGCCUCCCCCUCCAUGCGGGGCUCCACUCCCCUGGACGUCGCCGCCUCGUCUGUCAUGGACAACAAUGGUCUGGCCCUUGCCCUAGAGGAGCCCGAUCUGGACAAGGUGGUCACCUACCUGGCCGGGUGCGGUCUGCAGAGCUGUCCCAUGCUGCUGGCUAAGGGAUACCCGGACAUCGGCUGGAACCCCAUCGAGGGGGAGCGCUACCUGUCCUUCCUGCGUUUCGCCGUCUUCGUCAACGGCGAGAGCGUGGAGGAGAACUCCAACGUGGUGGUGAAGCUGCUUAUCCGACGGCCCGAGUGCUUCGGCCCCGCCCUGCGGGGGGAGGGGGGCAACGGCCUGCUGGCCGCCAUGAAGGAGGCCAUCAAGAUCUCCGAGACCCCCGCCCUGGACCUGCCCGGCUCGGUGCACGGGAUCAGCUCCGACGCGUCGGCGGACGGCGAGGACGAAGAGGAGGUGGUGCACAUGGGGAACGCCAUCAUGUCCUUCUACUCGGCUCUGAUCGACCUGCUGGGCCGAUGCGCCCCGGAGAUGCACUUGAUCAACAAGGGCAAAGGGGAGGCUCUGCGGAUACGAGCCAUCCUGCGCUCCCUGGUGCCCACCGAGGACCUGGUGGGCAUCAUCAGCAUCCCGCUCAAGAUGCCCGUCGUCAACAAAGACGGGUCUGUCACCGAGCCGGACAUGUCGGCCUGCUUCCAGCCCGACCACAAAGCGCCCAUGGUGCUGUUCCUGGACCGGGUGUACGGCGUGGAGGAGCAGGGCUUCCUGCUCCACCUGCUGGAGGUGGGCUUCCUGCCGGACCUCCGAGCCUCCGCCUUCCUGGACGCGGAGGGUCUCCGGACCAGCGAGUCGGCGCUGGCCAUGAACCGCUACAUCGGCUCGGCCAUGCUGCCGCUGCUCACCCGCUGCGCCCCGCUGUUCGCCGGCACCGAGCACUACGCCGCCCUGGUGGACUCCACCCUGCACACCGUCUACCGCCUGUCCAAGGGCCGCUCGCUCACCAAGGCCCAGCGAGACGCCAUCGAGGAGUGCCUGCUGGCCGUCUGCAAAUACCUCCGCCCCUCCAUGCUGCAGCAGCUGCUGAGGAGGCUGGUGUUUGACGUGCCCUUGCUGACCGAGUACUGCAAGAUGCCUCUCAGGCUGCUGACCAAUCACUACGAGCAGAACUGGAAGUACUACUGCCUGCCUUCGGGCUGGGGCAGCUACGGAAUGGCCUCGGACGAAGAGCUGCUCCUCACCAAGAAGAUCUUCUGGGGCGUGUUUGAUUCGCUGUCCCAGAGGAAGUAUGACUCUGAGCUGUUCAAGAUGGCCAUGCCCUGCCUCAGCGCCAUCUCAGGGGCUCUCCCCCCCGACUAUGUGGAUGCCUCCAUUAACACCAACGUGGAGAAGCCCGCCUCCGUCGACGCCCACGGCAACUUUGACCCCAAGCCGAUCAAUACAUCCAACAUAUCGCUAACCGACAAGCUGGAGUACUUUGCCAACAAGUAUGCUGAGCAUUCCCAUGAUAAAUGGUCAGCCGAAAAGGUGUUGCUGGGGUGGAAGUAUGGAGAGUGUGUGGAUGAGAAGGCCAAGACUCACCCCCAGCUCAGGAUGUACAAGGGCCUGACAGAGAAGGAGAAGGACAUCUACCGCUGGCCCAUCAGAGACACCCUCAGGAGCAUGCUGGCCAUGGGCUGGGUGGUGGACCGCUCCAAGGAUGGAGAGAGCAUGUCUCAACAGAGCGAGAAGAUGCGCAAAAUCUCCCAGGCAUCCCAGGCAAACGGUUUUAACCCAACUCCAAUAGACACAAGCAACGUGGUGCUGUCCAGAGACUUGCAGGGCAUGGUGGAUGUGCUGGCGGAGAAUUAUCAUAACAUCUGGGCGAAGAAGAAAAAGAGUGACCUUGGAAGCAAAGGUGGGGGAACACACCCUCUGCUGGUACCCUACGACACGCUGACGGCGAAGGAGAAGGCGCGGGAUCGAGAGAAGGCCCAGGAUCUGUUCCGCUUCCUGCAGAUCAAUGGCUACGUCACCACAAGAGGCAUGAAGGACAUGGAGCAGGACUCGUCGUCGAUGGAGAAGAGGUUUGCAUACAAGUUCCUCAAGAAGCUGCUGAAGUACGUGGACUCGGCCCACGAGUUCAUCGCCCACCUGGAGUCCAUGGCCAUCAGUGGAAAAACCGACAGGUCCCCUCAUGAGCAGGAGAUCAAGUUCUUUGCCAAAGUCCUCCUCCCUCUCAUCGACCAGUACUUCAAGAACCACUCGCUCUACUUCCUCUCCUCGCCCAAUAAGAACCUGAGCAGCAGCGGCUACGCCUCCAACAAGGAGAAGGAAAUGGUCACCAGCCUGUUCUGUAAGUUAGCAGCUCUUGUGAGACAUAGGAUUUCCCUCUUUGGUAGUGACUCCACCACCAUGGUCAGCUGUCUCCAUAUCUUGGCACAUACUUUGGACACCAGGACGGUGAUGAAGUCUGGCUCAGAACCAGUGAAGGCGGGCCUCCGGACGUUCUUCGAGAACGCGGCCGAGGACCUGGAGAAGACGUUCGAGAACCUCAAGCUGGGGAAGUUCACGCACUCGCGCUCGCAGAUGAAGGGCGUGUCGCAGAACAUCAACUACACCACGGUGGCGCUGCUGCCCAUCCUCACGGCCCUCUUCCAGCACAUCACCCAGCACCACUUCGGCGUGGACCUGCUCCUGGAUGACCUGCAGGUGUCCUGCUAUCGGAUCCUGAACAGCCUCUACGCCCUGGGCACGGGGAAGAACAUCUACGUGGAAAGGCAGCUGCCGGCCCUGGGGGAGUGCCUGGCCACCCUGGCGGGGGCGCUGCCCGUGGCCUUCCUGGAGCCCCAGCUGAACGCCUACAACCCCUGCUCCGUGUUCAACACCAAGUCGGUCCGGGAGCGAGCCAACCACGGCAUGCCCGACUCGGUGGAGGACAUGUGUCCCGAGAUGCCCCGCCUGGCGGGCCUGAUGAAGGACAUCAACGACAUGGCCGAGUCGGGCGCCCGCUACACGGAGAUGCCCCACGUCAUCGAGGUGGUGCUGCCCAUGCUCUGCAACUACCUGUCGUACUGGUGGGAGCGGGGGCCCGAGAACCAGCCGGCCAGCGGGGGCUGCCUCUGCUGCACCACCGUCACCUCGGAGCACCUCAGCCUGCUGCUGGGGAACAUCCUGAAGAUCCUCAACAGCAACCUGGGCAUCGACGAGGCGUCCUGGAUGAAGAGGAUCGCCGUCUACGUGCAGCCCAUCAUCAGCAAGGCGCGGGCCGACCUGCUGAAGAGCCACUUCCUGCCCACGCUGGACAAGCUGAAGAAGAAGACGGUGAAGGUGGUGGGCGAGGAGGAGCUGCUGAAGGCCGACAGCAAGGGGGACACCCAGGAGGCCGAGCUGCUCAUCCUGGACGAGUUCGCCGUGCUCUGCCGGGACCUGUACGCCUUCUACCCCAUGCUCAUCCGCUACGUGGACAACAACAGAUCUCGGUGGCUCAAAGAGCCGGACCGGGACUCCAACGAGCUCUUCAGAAUGGUGGCAGAGAUAUUCAUCCUGUGGUGCAAAUCCCACAACUUCAAACGGGAGGAGCAGAACUUUGUGGUGCAGAACGAGAUCAACAACCUGUCCUUCCUGACCGGGGAUAACAAGACCAAGAUGUCUAAGUCUGGAGGGCAGGACCAGGAGCGGAAGCACAAGAAGCGGCGCGGGGAGUUCUACUCCAUCCAGACCUCGCUGAUCGUGGCGGCGCUGAAGAAGAUGCUGCCCAUCGGCCUGAACAUGUGCACCCCAGGGGACCAGGAGCUCAUCUCACUGGCCAAGAACCGCUACCUCCUGAAAGACUCAGACGAUGAAGUCAAAGACCACAUCCGGCAGAAUCUACACCUUCAGGAAAAGUCGGAGGACCCGGCGGUGCGCUGGCAGCUGAACCUCUACAAGAACGUGGUGGUGAAGAGCGAGGGCCACGCCGAUCCAGGCCGGACCGUUAACCGCAUCCAGAGCAUCUCCGCCGCCGUCUUCAACCUAGAGCAGGUGGAGCAGCCGCUGAGGUCUAAGAAGUGUGUUUGGCAGAAGCUGCUGUCCAAGCAGAGGAAGCGGGCGGUGGUGGCCUGCUUCCGUAUGGCUCCCCUCUACAACCUCCCCAGGCACCGCUCUAUUAACCUCUUCCUCCAGGCCUAUCAGAGAAUAUGGAUAGAGACAGAGGAGUACUCCUUUGAGGAGAGGCUAGUGCAGGACCUGGCAAAAACCCAGCCCAAGGUGGAGGAGGAGGAGGAAGAGGUGGUGGACACGCAGCCAGACCCUCUCCAUCAACUCAUCCUGCACUUCAGCCACAACGCCCUGACAGAGUGCAGUUCGUUGGAGGAGGACCCACUCUACAUUGCCUAUGCAGACAUGAUGGCCAAGAGCUGCGCCGAAGACGAAGAGGAGCACUACGAGGAGGAGAGGGAGAAAACCUUUGAGGAAAAGGAGAUGGAGAAACAGAAGACCCUCUACCAGCAGGCCCGGCUGCACGACCGCGGCGCUGCAGAGAUGGUGCUCCAGAUGAUCAGCGCCAGCAAAGGUCGGCUCGGUCCCAUGGUGACCUUUACGCUCAAACUCGGCAUCUCCAUUCUGAACGGGGGGAACAUAGUCGUGCAGCAGAAAAUGCUGGACUACCUGAAAGAGAAAAGGGACGUUGGGUUCUUCAAGAGUUUGUCGGGACUCAUGAUGUCGUGCAGUGUCCUGGACCUGAAUGCUUUUGAGAGGCAAAACAAAGCAGAAGGUCUGGGCAUGGUUACUGAGGAGGGAUCAAUCAACGUGAGUGAGCGGGGUUCCAAGGUGUUGCAGAAUGAUGAGUUCACCAAGGACCUCUUUAGGUUCCUGCAGCUCCUGUGUGAGGGCCACAACAACGAUUUCCAGAACUUUCUGAGAACUCAGACGGGGAACACCACCACUGUCAAUAUUAUCAUCAGCACCGUGGACUACCUGCUCAGGCUCCAGGAAUCCAUCAGUGACUUCUACUGGUACUACUCCGGGAAAGAUGUGAUGGAUGAGGCCGGUCAGAGGAACUUCUCCAAAGCUUUGGCGGUUGCAAAGCAGAUUUUUAACUCUCUGACUGAAUACAUCCAGGGUCCGUGCAUCGGGAAUCAACAGAGCCUGGCUCACAGCAGAUUAUGGGACGCGGUCGUCGGUUUCCUACAUGUCUUUGCAAACAUGCAGAUGAAGUUAUCGCAGGACUCCAGUCAGAUUGAGUUGCUGAAGGAGCUGCUGGACCUCCAGAAGGACAUGAUAGUGAUGAUGCUCUCGCUCCUGGAAGGUAACGUGGUCAACGGCACCAUCGGCAAGCAGAUGGUAGACACUCUGGUGGAGUCGUCCAGCAACGUGGAGAUGAUCCUCAAGUUCUUUGACAUGUUCCUCAAGCUGAAGGACCUGACCACGUCGGACAGCUUCAAGGAGUACGACCCCGACAGCAAAGGGGUCAUCUCCAAGAAGGACUUCCAGAAGUCCAUGGAGAACCAGAAGCAGUACUCCCAGUCGGAGAUCGAGUUCCUGCUCUCCUGCGCCGAGGCAGACGAGAACGACAUGUUCAACUACGAGGAGUUCGUGCAGCGGUUCCAUGAGCCCGCCAAGGACAUCGGCUUCAACGUGGCCGUGCUGCUCACCAACCUCUCGGAGCACAUGCCCAACGACGGCCGCCUGUCGGCCUUCCGGGACCUGGCCGAGAGUGUGCUCAGCUACUUCGAGCCCUACCUGGGGCGCAUCGAGAUCAUGGGCGGCGCCAAGCGCAUCGAGCGUGUGUACUUCGAGAUCAGCGAGUCCAGCCGCACGCAGUGGGAGAAGCCGCAGGUGAAGGAGUCCAAGCGGCAGUUCAUCUUCGACGUGGUCAACGAGGGUGGCGAGAGCGAGAAGAUGGAGCUCUUUGUCAACUUCUGCGAGGACACCAUCUUCGAGAUGCAGCUGGCGUCGCAGAUCUCGGAGCCGGACCCCGUGGAGCGGCCAGAGGAGGACGAGGAAGACCACCAGAGUGUGGCGGAGGAGCAGGACGAGGAGGAAGAGGAGGAGCACACGCUGCUGGAGUCGUCGUCGGCCUUCACCCUGGCCUGCGUCUCGGUCAGCAAGAGCCUGGGCCGCCUGCGCCGGCUGCUGACCGCACGGAGCCUGCGCCAGCGCUACCGGCGCUUCAGGAGGAUGAGCGUGAGGGAGAUGGUGCGCGGCUUCUUCUCCUUCUUCUGGAUGAUCAUCACCGGCCUCUUCCACUUCCUAUACGGCCUGGUGUGGGGCUUCUUCCACAUCCUGUGGACCACCAUGUUCGGCGGCGGGCUGGUGGAGGGCGCCAAGAACAUCAAGGUGACGGACAUCCUGGGGAACAUGCCGGACCCCACACAGUUCGGGAUCCACGGCGACGCUCUAGAGACGGAGAAGAUGGAGGCCUGCGAGGCUUCGCAGCUGGCCGAGCUGGGCCAGCUGUCGCAGGGCGAGGAGGCGGAGGCCGACCUGAUCGCUGAGCUGCUAUACAUCCAGCCCAAGAAGGAGGGCAAGCACGGCUCAGAGCCGGGCCUGGGCGACGUGUCUGAGGUGGUGGUCGGCGACGCCCCCUCCAUCGCCAGCGCCGUCAAGCAGAAGAAAGCACAGGAAGCGGCGAAGAAGAGAGUGACCAACGGCGACUACAAAGGGGACUCUGAGAACUCGGACUGGGAGACCGGAGAGAAGAAGGACCAGGACAAGUCCAAGGAGGACACCCCCCAGGGAUCGUCCCCGGAGGAGAAGAGAUUCCCCAAGAAAAGACCUGGUCUGAAGAGAGAACCACCAGAGGCCUUCACCGCUAGCUUCCUCGCGGGGCUGGAGAUCUACCAGACCAAGAUGCUGAAUUACCUUGCUAGAAACUUCUACAACCUCCGGUUCCUGGCGCUUUUCGUGGCCUUCGCCAUCAAUUUCAUUCUACUCUUCUACAAAGUGACCGGCGACGACGCGGACGAGCCGGACCCAUGGAACGGCGGCGGCAAAGUGGCGGAGGAGGAGGAGGACGAGGGCGUGGUGGAGUACUUUGUGCUGCAGGAGAGCACGGGCUACAUGGCACCCACCCUGCGCUUCCUGGCCAUCCUGCACACCGUCAUCUCCUUCCUCUGCGUGGUGGGCUACUACUACCUGAAGGUGCCCUUAGUGGUGUUUAAGCGAGAGAAGGAGAUUGCCAGGAAGCUGGAGUUUGACGGGCUGUACAUCACGGAGCAGCCGUCAGACGACGACAUCAAGGGCCAGUGGGACCGCCUGGUGAUCAACACGCCCUCUUUCCCCUACAACUACUGGGACAAAUUUGUCAAACGCAAAGUGAUCAAGAAGUACGGCGACCUGUACGGGGCGGAGCGCAUCGCCGAGCUGCUGGGGUUGGACAAGAGCGCCCUGGACUUCAACCCCACCGAGGAGACGGUGGCCAGGGAGGCCUCACUGGCGUCCUGGCUGAGCUCCAUCGACACAAAGUACCACAUCUGGAAGAUGGGCGUGGUGUUCACGGACAACUCCUUUCUGUAUCUGGUGUGGUACACCACCAUGUCCAUCCUGGGACACUACAACAACUUUUUCUUCGCUGCUCACUUGUUGGACAUCGCCAUGGGCUUCAAAACGCUCCGCACCAUCCUGUCCUCCGUCACCCAUAACGGCAAGCAGCUGGUGCUGACGGUGGGCCUGCUGGCGGUGGUGGUGUACCUGUACACCGUGGUGGCCUUCAACUUCUUCAGGAAGUUCUACAACAAGGGCGAGGACGACGAGGAGCCCGACAUGAAGUGUGACGACAUGAUGACGUGCUAUCUGUUCCACAUGUACGUGGGGGUCCGGGCGGGGGGCGGCAUCGGCGACGAGAUAGAGGACCCCGCGGGGGACCCCUACGAGCUCUACAGAAUCCUCUUCGACAUCACCUUCUUCUUCUUCGUCAUCGUCAUCCUCCUGGCCAUCAUCCAGGGUCUGAUCAUCGAUGCGUUCGGGGAGCUGCGAGACCAACAGGAGCAGGUGAAAGAGGACAUGGAGACCAAGUGCUUCAUCUGCGGCAUCGGCAACGACUACUUCGACACGACACCUCACGGGUUCGAGACCCACACCUUACAAGAACACAACCUGGCCAACUACCUGUUUUUCUUGAUGUACCUUAUCAACAAGGAUGAGACGGAACACACAGGACAGGAGUCCUACGUGUGGAAGAUGUAUCAGGAGCGAUGUUGGGACUUCUUCCCAGCUGGAGACUGCUUCCGCAAGCAGUACGAAGACCAGCUCGGAUAGGGAGGGGACCACAGGGACGCCGGGGCUGCUGGGAGAUGUAGUCCCGACGGACACGGUUGUCGCUGGUCCGCCACACAACACGGCGGCGACCCCCCCACCGCGGACGCUGCUACUCAAAGGCUACGGAUCGGUUUGAGGAGAUACACCGCAAGAUGGCCGCCUCAGAGUUAGUUUCCGUCAAUAUCAAACGUACCUCGGCUAUCUUGGGGUGCGGUGCCAAUCUCUGAACGGGGGAACGAAACCACUGACCUUCCUGGACUUUUCUUUUGGAAUUCCUUGGUUUUGACAACGUGUUGCCUUUUACUCCACAUGAUCCCAAACCAUUGCACAAUUUUUUUUGUUGGUCUUUUUGAGAAACACUGGGUUGUGUGGGGUUAUGGGACAAUGUGUGAGUCAUAAUAUGCACAAAGAACCCACUUUUGUUAUUUAGAGAAUGUUUAAAACAGAGACUUAAUGCCAAAAGAGUCACGGAGGGCGUGGUCGACUUGUGGAGUACUUGAUUCGACGUGUGAGAACUCUAUGUUGUGAACACCCCGUAUUGAGACGAUUGAGUAUUAUGAUGAACUGACAAAAAACUGAUGUUUUGUUUAUUUUAUAGGAUGUUACAUGCCUAAAAU